UAAAUAACAGUUCCUUACUUUACCCCGCUGGUUUUUGUUGUAUUAAUUUGAUUUAUUAAAAUAAAUAACCUGAGACACAUUAAAACACUCAGAGAACUUCCUGUGUCCUCAGCGUUACUUUUAUUUUGAAGGCGCUGAGUAGCGGAAGUGUGUCGGCUGUUUCCGGUGGUUGUGUUUGGUGUGGCUCGGCUCGGCUCGGCUCAGAACAGACCAGCAGUGUAUCAGCUGUAGUGAAUCCGUGUGUGUGAGUGUGUGUGUGUGACCGCGGAGGAAAGAUGGCGGCCCCUGCUCUCUCCAGUCGGGCUGGCUCGGCGGGCAGCCUCGGGAACAGCCCCACCAUGGCCGCCGGGAGGCUCCCGCACAGCGGCGGCGGCGGCGGAGGAGGAGGCGUCGGGCCCGAGCUGGACUUCAGGUCGGCGGCCCGCAUGGAGGACCUGAACCGGCUCAUCCAGGAGUUCAGUAAGCACGACCAGCGGGAGUACGACGACCAGCGGGCUCUGGAGAUCCACACGGCCAAGGACUUCAUCUUCUCCAUGCUGGGAAUGGUUCAGAAGUUGGACCAGAAGCUCCCGGUGGCCAACGAGUACCUCCUCCUGUCGGGAGGCGUUCGGGAGGGUGUGGUGGACAUGGACCUGGAUGAGCUAAGCGUCUACGCCCGUGGCACAGAUUACGACAUGGACUUCACCCUGCUGGUCCCAGCGCUGAAACUCCAUGACCGCAACCAGCCGGUGACCCUGGACAUGAGGCACUCGGCUCUGGGCCACUCCUGGCUCAGCCUCCGCCUCUUUGACGAAGGAACCAUCAACAAGUGGAAGGACUGCUGCACCAUUGUCGACCACAUCAAUGGGACCACCAACUACUUCUUCUCUCCAACACUGGUGGCUGACUGGUUCUACCAGUCCAUCUCCCUGGUGCUGCUGGAGGUGCAGAAGAAGCCUCAGAGAGGGAUGCCGAGAGUGGAGAAGGUGGAGAGGAAUGGCACCAUCAUCUCCGUCAUCCUGGGCGUCGGGAGCAGCCGGAUGCUCUACGACAUCGUCCCCGUGGUGUCGUUCAAAGGCUGGCCGGCCGUUGCUCAGAGCUGGCUGAUGGAGAAUCACUUCUGGGAUGGGAAGAUCACGGAGGAGGAGGUGAUCAGCGGCUUCUACCUCGUCCCUGCCUGCUCCUACAAAGGCCGCAAGGAGAACGAGUGGCGCCUGUCGUUCGCUCGCAGCGAGGUGCAGCUGAAGAAGUGCAUCUCUUCCAGCCUGAUGCAGGCGUAUCAGGCCUGUAAAGCCAUCAUCAUCAAGCUGUUGUCUCGCCCCAAAGCCAUCAGCCCCUACCACCUCCGCAGCAUCAUGCUGUGGGCCUGCGACCGUCUCCCUGCCAACUACCUGGGCCAGGAUGACUUCUCCGCCCACUUCCUGUUGGGCCUGAUCGACGACCUGCAGCACUGCCUCGUCAACAAGAUGUGUCCUAAUUACUUUAUUCCCCAGUGCAACAUGUUGGAGCACCUGUCGGACGAAACGGCCAUGCUGCACGCCCGCAAACUCUGCUCGGUGCGUUCCGACCCGGCCGAGCACCUCCGCACCACCAUCGAGCACGCCAAGGCCGCCAACAGGCUGACGGUGGAACUGCAGUGGCGAGGCAGUGCUAACAACCUGCCGUCGCCGCAGUCAGAUGCCGGCGGAGAGAACCAGCCAGACGACCGGCUGGCCAAGAAGCUUCAGCAGCUGGUCACAGAGAAUCCUGGGAAGUCCAUCUCGGUCUUCAUCAACCCAGACGACGUCACACGACCGCACUUCCGCAUCGACGACAAGUUCUUCUGAGACGGAGAAACAUUCUCCCAGACCUCUUCCUCCUCUGUCUCUCUGCCUUCCUCCUCCUCGCCUGGUGCCCUGCCUCCUCUGAAACUUUAUUUUUUACAUUUUUUAUGUUUCUCUGCCACAGAGUGAAGUGAGGUGAUCGUCUAGUAGUGUCUGCCACAAUUUUUUAAUUUUUUAAUUUUUAUUUUUCUAUUCCCCUUCCCCUCUUCCCUCCUCUUUCACUGUGUGCCCUGUGUUUUUUACCUGCUGAAUGCCUUUUAAAUAGACAGCUGAAUAGCAGCAGGUUGUUUUUAAAGAUGAAGGACGAGGCGAUAAUCCACCUUUACGACGGAACUGCUGUUCCAAUGUUUCGGUAGUUUAAUUAUCAGGGAUCCUGGAAAUGAGAUGAAACCAACAACUCCUGAAAACGUCACAGAUGCAUGAUUAAAGUAAACUUCACUGAUCAAGUUACAGGUCAGACAUGAAGCCUGUUUAUCAGGUAACAUGAAGGUAACGUUUUCACUUUAUAAUAUGUGGCCAGUCAUUGCCAUGAAAACUCAGAUUACAUAUUAUCUAUCAAUCAAUCAAUCAAUUUUAUUUAUAAAGCCCAAUAUCACAAAUCACAAUUUGCCUCACAGGGCUUUACAGCAUACGACAUCCCUCUGUCCUUAUGACCCUCGCAGCGGAUAAGGAAAAACUCCCCAAAAACCCUUUAACGGGGAAGCUGGAGCUGAUAAAAGACAUGCAAAAAUACUCAGUAGAAGAUUAAAUGUUCGAGCAAAGUUGUUACAAACUUUUGAUCGCAGAAAUUCAGUUUCAUAUCUUAUAAUUUUGAUUUUCUCACUAUGGAAGCUCAUCAUGCGACCCUGUGUCACAUGAUGAGGACAUUAGAUUUUGGGUUUGCUGCACCUUACACUUCAUUCUGCUGAACUCAGAGCUGUUGUUCUCGUUUGUGGACAUUUUUUGUGCCAUCUAGUGGUCGCAAAAGCACAAUACACUAAUCCAUGUAAAAACAAGAUGACAGUCAUCUCUGCCAAGUCAGUCUGCAGCCGAUCCCGACACAAAAGUGGACAAGGUCCAAAACGUGAUCAGAUGUUACGGUUGAAACUUUUCUAAUUCUGAUUAAUAAUGUACAAACAUGACCAAUUUUAGCAGCAGUACCAAGCUAAGGCAUUAGAAAGUACUCAUUUGAGGACACUGGGGCUUUAUUGUAUCAUGGCAGCAUUUCACACAGGCUAAUCGGGUGUUACAGACUGUUCCUGCAGACACAAAGGGCAUUCCUAGCUUGAAGAAUGGAGCGUAGAAAAUUUAUACAGAGUUACUAAAGGCUUAAAAAUAUGUUGCAUUCUUUGGACCCUGUGGAAACUGAUGUUAUUAUUAUUUUUCUCUUAAAUGAAUCAUAUUUUUUAAGGGGCUUAAGGCGUUUGAAAACCUACGACACUUUGCACACUCACCAGAACUGACUAAAAAAUUCAAUAUUUCAUGGGUCUCUUGUUAAAGUGUGACAAAAUGGCAAAAUACGUUUCACCUUCAUGUAUGAAAUUUGGUGUGCACGUGUAUCAUGUAAAGAUGUGCAAAAAAGUCGCUUGGAACCAGACCCCUAACCCAACAGGAAGUCAGCCAUUUUUGUCUUAUUUUAAAGAUCUCCAAGAGAUUUGAUCUGAUCGACUUCAGAUUUUGUCUAUACCAUCUGAAGAUCUUCGACAUCAAAAGUUGGUGGUUUGUAACUCCAAAGCACGUGGUCCAAUCUGCCCCAGACAUCACAUGCCACCACCAGGUGACAGAAAAUAACAUGUUUUAUACUUGGAUGUACUUCUCCAAGCAGGUUGGCCAGGUCCACCUCAAAUUUCUUUUGAAAAGUCUCUAGAGCUUGAUGAUGCUUUCUGGUGAAAAUCGCGACUUAUCGUCCCCAUAUAAGGACUUUUUUUCAAAAACUACUGUCUGUUCAAACACAGAGCUUAGUUUUUUUUCAUAAUCACACAUAGCUCGGAGAAAUUAAAAAUGCAUACCAAACAAAAGCUCGACUCCCAGGGGGUCAAAAACUUUGAUUUUCCUCACAUGAUUAUAACUUAUGUGAUAAUUGCUUUAAUGAACUAAAUUAGGAGACUUUCUUAUAAGAUACAUUACGUUUCAUGAAGUAUUGUCCCAUAUACAAGCCCAUUAUUGUUGUCUUAAUUAUGAAAUACCCGGCCAGAGUGAUGAGAAAGGUUCCCUCAAAAUUAAAUAUCUCUGAUGACUCUCUGAGUCUCUGAGUAUCUCUGUCAUAAAUGUGCACCUGAUAUGAAGUCUUAACUAAAAGAUGUUAUAUAAUAUUCUGUGCAAGCCCAUUAUUGUAAUUAUAAUAAUUCAGUAGACUCAUAUCAUAAUUUAUCUACUAAUUUCUCAUAAUUAAGUAAAGUAAAAACUCUCUUGUAGUAAUGAGAAGGUUUUUUAGAGACAUGAGAGAGUGUCAUAAUAAAGGGCUAGUUUGUCAGAUACAAAGUCAGAAUUAGGAGAUUUUUUAUAAAAAGAUUUAAAAUGGAAACAAGCUAAACGCUGAUCUUUUUGUUGUUGUUUUGUUUUGUUUUGACACAAAUUUAUGAAACGUCUGAAACUCACUUUGCUCUUUUACACUACACAAACGUCUUCAACAUCUCAGCGUCGAUCACGACUUCACACCAGACCUCGAACAGCAGCACGAUUGUUGAACAAGACUGUACUUCAUAAGAUUGUAUACACAUUCAGGAGUUGGGGAUGCCAAAUGGCACGUACAGAAGUCUCAGACCCAGGAGUAAAGACAGCAGAGUUCUGUCUGAAGGUGGAUUUUGUCCCUCUGAGGAAUGUCUUAGUCCCGCUGGGGGAUGACGGUACUAACGUCUUAGAAACUGACUGUAAAUAGAAGAAUACUGACUGAACACUGAUGUGUAGACAGAUAAACAGACUGACGGAGAUGAUGAUGAAGAUGAUAUGUGGACUACUUUUCGUCUAAUUUUGCACAGAAUGUAAAAAAACAAAUCACCACUUUUCCUCUCGAUGGUGGACGUCGUGUUCGUCCUGAUUGUGAAAUGAUGUAUCAUAUCAGUAGACAGGUGACACUGCUGAGGAACGGUCGUACUGCACGUUUUAAAUGUGUGUGUUAAAGCGGUGGAUCGGCACCACGUACACGGUGAUACUGCUGCAUUAUGACCAUCGUCAGGUAACGUGUCACAGAAUAUUCCUUUAGCCAUGAUAUCACUGGCAUCUUCUUUCCACUUCUUCCUGUCACUUUGUUAAGUUUUCGUUGUUUUGAUCCGACGUGAUCGUUUCAAUAAGCUUCACUGUGUCUGUACGUUCCACCUCAUGUUUUAUAACGAUUCCUCUUCAGCUGCUUUAUUUGUGUUUUUACUUUAAGUCAAGGGUUCGACUCUGCUUCAAUACAACCAGCUCAGGACAUGGAUUUUAUCCAGUCUGUCCAACACAUCCUCACUCCGACCUCGUCACAUGUCAUGAACUUUCCACGUCCACAUACGGCGUGCAAGGUACCCUGGGUGUGUUGGUUGUUGGGGUCAAGUUCUGCCUGUUACAACCAGCAACCACUACCACCAGUUUCUCCUCUAUUAUUUAACAACUGUAAACUUGUUGUCAUGACCACCAUAGAAAGCCCGCCUCUGAAAUCAUCUGAUUGGACUAUGGGGAAAAAGUGGAGAUGGCGUGGGGCUCUAAGCUCUAAGUUUUUUCAGUUCUGAGCAGUUCAGAGCGCACUGGCAAAAAUGCCAGGUUUCUAGAGCUCAGAAACAUGAGGCACGUAGAAAUGCAAAAACAGUGAGCAAAAAGUUUCAUUCUCAUUAAAAACAAUUACAAAAAGCCGCCUUCAGCUGGUGAAGCUCUUUCUGUGUGAUCAGGGCCUGAUACAUCCAGGGUCAGUUCCAUUCUGUCGUCUGACACUGUCACUAUUUAAGGAAGGAUAAUUAAAACUGAGUCUAACAGUUAAUCUGUUAACGGCAGGCUGAUAGAGUCUACUUUGAACAACAGUGGCCCCAGAAUCCAACCCUGGGGAACUCCGCAGCAAAAUGUCCCUGAGCAAGGCGCUUAUUCUCUAACAGGGCUCUGAAUAAUGGUAUUUUUAUAUCUUGUGCACACAAGAUAACUUGUUUGCAACCAGGAAUCUCGACAAUUAACCUUUGAGAAUAUUAUAUGUUUUUUUAAAUAGUUACAUAUGUCGGUCUGUAUGUCAGUUUUUCCACCCAGGUCUUGUGGGAGCUUGCUAGCAGCGCAGCGAUUACCACAAGUAACGCCUUCUCAACCCAACAGCAUUGCUGUGGAAACAGUAUGGCCACCCUCCAGACUCCCUCCAGGUCGCCCCUGUGAGUAAGCAGCUCAAUUUUGAGCUGCAAACCCCCCUUUGGCAUGGUCAAUUAGCACUGUUAGCAGUGUCAGCACGCCUUGUGGUGCCAAGACAAUUAGCAAUGCUAAAGUGGUUUUGCAGAUCAAAAUGAAGCCACUCUCCCACUGGGGGGACCUGGGGGACCAGUGAAGGGUGGGCACAGUGUUUUUGCAGCAGUGCUUUCCUGGUUAGCAGAGGUAAUUACCAAAUAAGUGGUGCUACAAGCUAGCUCCCACCUGACCGCAGAGCAAAACUGCAUUAAAGAAAAUUAAACGUAUUCUUGGCAUUAAACAGUUUUGGCUGCCUUGUGGCUUUGAGUGUGUUGAGGCAUCAUGGGAGUUGUAGUUGGUCCUGAGCUGGUUGAGUUGAAGGAGAGUCGCUCCCAGUUUUUGUUUUCUUUGUGUGUUUCAACCAUCCCAAACAUUUCCAGAAAAAUGCCAAAAACCCUUGCAGACAUCUGACCGGUAAUGUGAUCUCCAUCUCCUCAUCCUCAAGUGCAAUUAGUGAAAAUACACACACCACAGGUACACACACACACACACACACACACACACACACACACACAUUAUGUAGCAUUAAGACAAAAAGACACUAAAGUUCUGUUGAAACUGGUUUUAACGGCGACACACAUGGGACACUAAACCCUCCACUGAAUCCCACAAGAACACACACACACAUACACACACCAUCAAAGUGCCACACACACACUCCUGCUCGGUGGAAAUGUAAUCAAUGUGUUGUUCUUCUGAGCUCCAUGACCUUUGACCUUACUCCUGUCUCUUGUUUGUUCAGAACCUUUGGACUGUGAGUUUUAUUUUCUGUAUCUUUGCUGCUCUGCUUCGUUCUGAUGAUGGAUUUCUUUAUGCAAUGUUGACUUGGAUGGGUUAACCCUUCAGAUGGCAGCUCCUCCACCGUCUAUGAAGGUUCUCCACUAUAUUUCACUGUACAGUAGAGUCAUCAUAAAGUCUUUUAACCAGAA